CUAAGAAUUCAGAAUACAUAUGUUUAGUGUGUAAUUUCUGCAUUUACUCACCACUGGAGCUUUGAUUGGGCAACAUUCAUUGUUUUGAUGUCAUUCGCAUGUCAUCGUAUAUUUUUACGUCCUAUAGUAAUAUUCACCACCUAGUACACGUAUCGAUUCCCUUGCUAACAAAUCAAUCGACGAGUAAAAAGGUGAAUAAUCAGCCUCCAAUUGACAAAUGGAAAUUGCAAUAAUUGAGGAUAGUGAAAAACAGUAAAAAUACCAAUUACGUGUACUUGUUUAUACGAAAAAAAAAACAAGAUUACCAUUCUCACCAUACCAUUCAGUAUUGGUUCCUGCACUGUAUAUUAUUUGAAAAUAAAUCAUGACCAAUCAAAAGCCUACAGCAACAUCACGUUUGAAACAAGAUUAUAUGCGUCUGAAACGAGAUCCAGUGCCCUACAUCACUGCGGAGCCGCUGCCCUCGAAUAUACUUGAGUGGCAUUAUGUUAUCAAAGGACCGGAAGAUUCACCAUAUCAUGGAGGUUAUUACCACGGAACAUUACUUUUCACCAAGGAGUUCCCCUUCAAGCCACCAUCAAUUUAUAUGGUUACGCCUAAUGGACGGUUUAAGACGAAUAAACGGCUUUGUCUGAGCAUAUCGGACUUUCAUCCGGAUACUUGGAAUCCAGCCUGGUCAGUGGCUACUAUUUUAACAGGUCUGCUAAGUUUUAUGCUGGAAACAACGCCUACUCUCGGUUCUUGUGAGUCAACCACAUACGAAAAGCGGAAAUACGCUCGCCAGUCACUAGAAUUCAACAUGAAAAAUGAAGUGUUUCGUGAAUUAUUUCCCGAAGUAUGUGAGGAAAUUAACGAUCGAUUGGCGAAGCUCGAGGAACAUCGAAAACAAAAUGUGACCAACAAUAACGGUUCCAUCGUAAGCAAUGGCACAGCGGCCGGCUCAACGCCGACGGAAGGAAUAGAAGCCGAACCAGCUGAGGGCGGAGUGAAUAUAAUUUCAAACACUGACGAUAAUAACAUUUGGCAUUCCCUGUACACGAAUCUGAUCGUGUUGAUCGGAUUCGUUAUUUUCGCGUUGAUAGUUCAUUAUGUGAUCAAGAGUAUGAACAUUGAAUGAUUGUAAACCAUUUGCUUGCAUCGCACUCUUUCCAAGGUUUCCUUUUCUUUUCUUUUGCGAUGUUUGUUUCAGUGGCAAGUUCAUUUGUAUCGAUGGUCGCAUGUACAAUGGUUAAAUCAUAGAUGUGUUAAUUAUUUUUAUUGUAUUCAUGAGCAAUUUCGCCCAUGGCCUUCUUUUGAAAAACAUAUUUUGUGUUGAUAUCACACAAGUGUCCCAGUAAUGUUACGGUUUGCGGGAAGUUUUCAAUGUUCAAAAUAUCAACCGGAUUUGCAAUGUUCGAAAGAAGGACGUUAAAUUAAACAGUGUAGAUAUAAUAACAAUAAAACCAUUAGGCUUUAUCGGAUAACAUAAACUCCCUUUAUUUCACGCGGCGAAUGACGUGAGAUGGCCCAAGUCACACUGCUCCCGAAGUCGAAUGGCAUGGCGUUUGUCACCAGGUAAGAUUUGAAGUCGUGUUCUCAUAUGUUAUCGACUCGUGUAUCAAAUAAGAGCUGAAAUAUAAGGUGGCUUCCAGAAUAAAACGGGACACUUUGUUAUCUCACGUCACUCGUCGCGCGUAUGAAAGGGGACUGGUUUUUAAUCAAAAUCGCGAUGACAGAUAACGGAAGCCUGCGCACACAAUACUAGGACUGCUUUACAACCCGGUAGAUAGCUUUCCGGUACGGCAACCAAAGAUCCAGGAGAACUGUAUCAGAUCAGAAAAUAUUCAAAUAUAUAUAGUAUUGUACUAACGGAGAUAUGAA